ACAGUCGGGUCUCCUCUUCGAUGACAUCGCAUCUAAAGUGUCGAUCUCAUUGAUCCGUAUCUGUACAAGAGUUGGUAUCGACAUUGCGAUAUUUGGACCCUGCACGCACCAAUACGUACUUUCUUUAAGCGAUUGCGCUGGAAUCACUUAAACUACAGGAAUGUGGCUCAUAUCUGUUUUCUUUUUCUUUUUGAUGAUUUGGACUUCACUAUCAAAAGAUCCGGAUGAGGUGAUCACAGUGAAGCAGGGAGAGGACGUCACUCUCCAGUGUUGGGGUUUUACAGAUGCUCCCAUCGAGCUGCUGGAGUGGAGCAGACCUGAGCUGACAGACUACGUGUGGUACUACAGAGAGCAGCGCUCCUAUGAAAAAUAUCAGCAUCCGUGUUACAAAGGCCGGGUGAAGCUGAGAGACCCGGACAUGAAGAAUGGAGACGUUUCAGUGAUUCUUAAGAAUGUCACCUUCAAUGAUGCGGGCAGAUAUGAGUGUUUUGUCGGAACGAGGAGAACAAGAAACAAGCGGAGCUCCAUCAGUGUCCGGGUGGAACAGACUACUAAAGAUACCUCGGGUGGAGGAAACACUGAGAGAGAAAACAGGGAUGUUGGAGGGAACAUGGAGAGAGAAAAGUGGCGUGUUGGACAGAUAGCAGCCAUAGUGAUUGCAGUGAUUGUAGCAACUGCAUUGAUUUUACUGUUUGGGGUGGUUGUAGCUGUGGGGGUAGAGCAGGUUCCCUACUAAUGGGAGGGUUGGCUCCAGUCUGCAUCCUAAAUAUUUUCGGGGAAGAUACUUAGCCCAAGUUGCUCUCAGAUGCAGUCAUUGGAGUCUAAAUGUUAGACAAAAAGCUCACAGAAAAAGUGCUGGUGUGAAUGUUUGAAUGAGGCAAGUUGUGUAAAGGGCUCACUCUGAGUGCUCACAGUAGAAAAGCAUUACAUAAGAACCAGUUUACUGUUUAAUGUCGUCUCUGUUGCUUCUAACACAAAGACCAGCAGACAAACAAACCCGUGAGGAUCUCCUGCAGAGCGAUGAAGCUGGAAACGAGCUGCACUGAAAUGUCACCUGAUUCUUGAGUCUGCUGUUACAGUUUGAGUUGAUGGUACAGUCCCCGAAGAGUAAAUGAAUACAGUGAAAAACAUAACUACAGCACAGCUAAAAUGCAUUUUUUAAAAUAAAAUAAAUAAAUAUUUCUUUUAAAAACUAAUGUUUUGUAGACACAUUCGAGCUGCUGCAAAAACAGCUAAUGUGGCUCAUGUGUUUUUUCCUCUUUGUUAAUAAUGGUACAAACACUAUGUGCUGUAUUUGUCACUAAAUAGUUUACAACACCAUGAGAUAUAUUAUUUUAUAAGAAGUGUCUGAUAAAGAGGGUAGAUACUUACUAAUUAAAGGGAAAUUGGAAAAUAAACUAGUUACCCUGGUUAAUAUCUGCGCCCCACCAGGAAGUAAGAAAAGUGAUUACAAAGAUUUAUUCAAUUUAGUGACACAAGAAUCUGAAAGUCUGGUGAUAUGUGCAGGGGAUUACAAUGCUGUGCUAAAUCGGGAUAUUGACACUACCAGUGCUGCAACAUGUAAACAUCGUUUGUCUAAUUUUAUGAAUACAAUAUUACAAGAGGUGGGACUGAUUGAUGUAUGGAGAACACGUAAUCCUCAAACCAGGGACUACACCCACUACUCUGCACCUCAUGCCACAUAUUCGAGAAUUGAUUAUUUUCUAAUUAAUAUUGAAGAACUUCAUAAUGUUACAGAUUGUAAAAUAGGUGUGGCAGAUGUCUCAGACCAUAGUUUGAUUAGUCUAGAAAUCAGUCUCGAUAAUAGGAAAAUACAUACAGCAUGGAGACUUAAUUUGGGUAUUUUAAAUAGGGAUGAACAUGUUAAGAAAAUUAAAGAAGAUAUAAAAAUGUAUAUAGAAGACAAUGAUACCGGAGAUGUGAGCCCAACUAUACUUUGGGAUGCAUUAAAGGCAGUCUUAAGGGGAAAACUCAUAGCCCUAACAGCAGCACAAAAAAAGCGCGACUGGCCUUAUAUAAAAAUUUGACAGAAAAACUUAAACAUCUGGAGAGGGAACAUAAACUACUUAAAAAUCCAGAAAUUCUAGAAGAAAUAUCAGACAUCAGAAACCAAAUUGAUGAAUUACUAAAAGAAGAAGUAGAAAAAAAGGCUAGGUAUAUGCAACAAACCUAUUACGAAUCAGGGCCCAAAGCAACUAAAAUACUUGCCAGUAGACUGCGUAAAAAGCAGAGAUCAAGGAUUAUUGAUAAAGUAAGAAAUUUGGAUAGUAACAAAUUAC